CGAGGCGAAGGAGAUGCUGGCGAGGCGAGAGCGCGAUCCCCUCCAGUCCCUGCAGCGUCGCAAUCAGGAGCUGAAGCAGCAGUCUCCAUUUAUUGUAGGUUGAUGAUUUGCUUUCUGAGAGUCGAUUGAAAGGAGCUCUAGAAGCCAGUAAAAGGCGAGAUAUUUACCAAAGAGAUAGGAAACUGAAGCCCAGAGUCGCUGAAGUUUUCUGAGUUCCGGUUAUCGUACCUCGUACCUGAGAUCUUGACUGUGAGGAUCACCCAAGCUAAUGGAUGGAAAGGCAUUUAACAUAUGUAUCCAAUUAAAACAGGCAAUAGAUGAAAAUAAAAAUACUCUUCAAAAAUUAAGCAAAGCUGAUGAACCUGCCCCUGUUGGGAGUUACGAUCAGAAGAAAGAGGAGGAACACAAUCUUUUGGAUAAGCUCACCCACCAACUGCAGGAACUUGCUGUGUCCAUAAGUAGAGAAAAUGUCACUGAAACUGGGGCGCUUACUGAAGGAGAGGACGAUGACAAUUCUGCUGAAGAAGAUGAAGAAGAAGAAGAAGAAGAAGAAGAAGAUGAAGAGGCCACAAGUGGAGAAUACAUUGCUGUUGGAGAUUUUACGGCUCAGCAAGUCGGAGACCUUACAUUUAAGAAAGGGGAAAUUCUCCUUAUCAUUGAAAAAAACCCUGAUGGUUGGUGGAUGGCUAAGAACGCCAAAGGAAACAAAGGUCUUAUUCCCAGAACCUACUUGGAGCCCUAUAAUAAAGAAGAAGGUGAGGAGUCUAGUGAAGAAGGCAGUGAAGAAGAUGUAGAGGUAGGGGAUGAAACGGCAGAAGGAGCAGAAGUUAAACAAAGAACCGAUUCUCAUUGGAGUGCUGUCCGAAAAGCCAUCUCAGAGCAGAUAAACACCGUCGACGUAUUGACCACAAUGGGAGCUAUUCCUGCCGGGUUCAGGCCUUCCACCCUCUUCCAGCUUCUGGAGGAAGGGAAUCAAUUUCGAGCAAGUUACUUCUUGCAACCAGCGCUCACUACUUCACAACUGGCCUUCAGAGAUCUAAUGUGGGAUGCUAAAACGGGCUCUAUUAGGUCAAGACCAAGUCGUGUUUCCUUGAUUCUGACCCUCUGGAGCUGUAAGAUGAUUCCUCUUCCAGGAGCGAGCAUCCAGGUUCUGAGCAGACACGUGCGCUUCUGUCUGUUUGACGGCAAUAAGGCUCUGAGCAACAUUCAUACAGUCAGGGCCACAUGGCAACCUAAGAAACCCAAAACAUGGACCUUUUCUCCCCAGGUUACUGGCAUCUUGCCCUGCUUGCUUGAUGGUGACUGUUUCAUCAGGUCCAAUUCUUCUUCUCCAGAUCUUGGAAUAUUAUUUGAACUUGGAAUUUCUUAUAUUCGCAAUUCAACUGGUGAGAGAGGAGAAUUAAGUUGUGGCUGGGUGUUUCUUAAACUUUUUGAUGCCAGUGGAAUUCCUAUUCCAGCAAAAACUUAUGAACUCUUCUUGAAUGGAGGCACCCCUUAUGAAAAAGGUGUUGAAGUGGACCCUUCAGUAUCCAGAAGAGCACAUGGUAGUGUUUUCCAUCAGAUGAUGACAGUGAGAAGGCAGCCUCAACUUCUAGUAAAACUGAGAUCUUUGAACAGAAGAUCAAGGAACAUGCUAAGUCUACUGCCGGAAACAUUAAUUGGAAGUAUGUGCUCCGUUCAUCUGUUGAUAUUUUAUCGCCAGAUUCUUGGAGACGUGCUGCUGAAAGACAGGAUGAGCAUGCACAGUGCUGAUUUAAUUAGUAAUCCAGUGCUGGCCACCUUCCCCAAGCUCUUGGAGCAGCCUGACAUAAUGGAUGCACUCAGGAGUUCCUGGGCUGAGAAAGAGAGUGCAUUAAAAAGGUCAGACAAGAGAGACAAGGAGCUCCUGAAGGCCGUGUUCCUCCUGGUUUACCACGACUGCGUGCUCCCCCUCCUCCACUCCGCGCUCCUGCCCCCGUUCAGGUGGGCAGAGGAGGAGACCGAGGCCGCCCGAUGGAAGGUCAUCGCCGACUUCCUCAAGCAAAACCGAGAAAAUGAGGGCGCCCUCCAGGCUCUGCUGUCGCCAGCGGGGCUCCAUGAACCUUUUGACAUUUCAGAGCAGACCUAUGACUUCUUGGGUGAAAUAAGAAAGAACGCAGCCUGACAGCGGUGCCCCUUGACCUUCCACUUCCUGCUGAAUCUGAUAGACCCUCCAUGGCAACCUGCAUCGUGUGACAAAACCGGAAGUAACUGUCCCAUCAUAACUUAGGCUUUAUUCUUUUUUGUUGAGGCCACAUUCUAUAAGAAAUAUUUAUCUGAUCAUUUGAAUAUGUGUUAAUACAAUGAAGUAAAUUUUUAUAAGGAAUACUAUUAUAUCUAAAUUUAAAGAGAAUUUUUUUUCAAAAACCAACUAACAAAUUUUUGUUUUGUUUUUCUUUUUCUUUUUUAUUGAGUAUAGUUGAUUUACCAUAUUAUGAAAGUUUCAGGUGUACAAUAUAGUGACUAACAAUUUUUAAAGAUUAUACUCCAUUUAAAGUUAUUAAUACUGCCUAUAUUCCCUGUGCUGUACAAUAUAUCCUUGUAGCUUAUUUAUUUUAUACUUAAUAGUUGUGCCUCUUAAUCCCCUACCCCUAUCUUGCCUCUCCCCACUGGUAACCAAUAGUUUGUUCUCUAUA